ACACACUUAUAGGACUUCACAGCUGACGUACGUGUGAUUUAAUUACCCCCCCCCCCAUGCCAGGUUUGAAAUCCAGUCUCUCACACUGAUUAUUUCCUGUGACAUUCCUGCAAUUGGAAGGCACUGGCAAAUAUUUUUCUACGUCGGGCAAGCCUCAGGCAAGCUUGGGACUUCCAGACAGCAUUGUUUUUAUUUUUUAAAGUUAUACUAUACGGAAAAAGAAUAGUGAAAUGAAAUCAAACAUAAUAGUAAUGUACGCCACCAUUAACCAAGGAGAUAUAUAUCCUCGCAUGAUCGGUCAGUGUUGGUGACGCUGGACAGAUCUAGUCUGCAGGCACAGACCCUGAUUGAAAUUUUGAUCAACAAUUAGUGUGUCUCCACGCAAAGACUAGCACACAGUACACAAGGCAUGAGUAGGCUGCAAUUCAGACCUUUUACUCGAGUGAAUGGUUUGCACAGCAGACUAGGACAGAUCUGAACAAAGGGCCGGAGUAUAUAUAAAGGUCACGCACGGGAAAUCACGAAGUCAUUAGAGAGGAGCACGCCCACCUUAGUUCUAUCGCCUCAUCUCUAGAUCUGUAGCCUCCUUUUUGCAAGGAUUCUGCUGUUGAUAUUGUUGUUUGUAUAUGGACAGUCUGAUAUAAGAUUAUACACCGAACGAGACCAAACCGGAAACCACCGAAGCGUCAACUUGACCCGCCGCACCACACAAUUAGUCAAUAACGUCAGUCUGCCUGAAGUCCGGGCGUGAAACCUCCGGUAGCAGACGUUCAAUAGAUUUUGUUAUUUUGCAGAGCGAGGACCUAAAAGAUGGCUUCAUCGAGGUCUUCAUCAAGAAAAGGCUUGCUCGAGAGGUUAGCUGAGGGUCUCGUGGUCGGUGAUGGAAGCUUUGUCAUGACCCUAGAGAAGAGGGGCUAUGUCCUGGCGGGCAACUGGACACCCGAAGCUUGUGUACAGUACCCUGACGCAGUAAGGCAACUCCAUCGUGAGUUUCUACGAGCUGGUGCUGACGUCAUGCAAACUUUCACAUUCUGGGCCUCGGAAGACAGACUCAAACUCAAAUUAUCAGACCAAGAGAGUGAUGUUAAUUGGGAAUCGGUGAACGAAGUCGCGUGCGAUCUCGCCCACGAGGUCGCUGCCGAGGGCGACGCCCUGGUGGCCGGGAGUGUGUCAAGUGUCCCUAAGUAUGAAGAUAGGACCGGAACAAAGGAAGAAAUACAGAACGAGUUCAGAAAACAAUGCGACGUCUUCAUUCGGAAGAAGGUCGAUUUUCUGCUUGGUGAGUUCUUUUCAUACACCGAAGAAGCAGAAUGGGCUGUAGAAGUUAUGAAGUCUUACGGGGUACCAGUGGCCUGUACUAUGAGAGUGGGCGUGGCCGGUGAUAGUAUGGGCGUGGCUCCUGCCGAAUCAGCUGUAAGACUGGCCAGAGCAGGUGCGGAUGUGGUCGGAGUAAAUUGUUGCUACGACCCCGACAUCGCUCUCGAUGCUAUAGCCAAGAUGAAAACAGGUCUUGAAGAGGCGGGACUGAAGAAUUAUCUCAUGAUCCAACCCGUGGGUUUCCAUACCCAGGAUCUAAAGAAGGAACCAGCCGGUUACACAGCCCUUCCAGAAUUCCCGUUUGCUUUAGAGCCUCGUGCUUUGACGAGGAUAGACGUUCACAAGUACGCUAGACGUGCAUACGAUCUUGGGGUCAGGUACAUCGGAGGGUGUUGCGGAUUCGAACCUCAUCACAUUCGAGCAAUAGCAGAAGAGCUGAAAGCUGAACGGGGACGCGGCAUACCCGGGGCAGAUAAAUUUGAAAAUUUCGAAGGAUUGAGAAGGAGCCAUGUUAAAAAUCAACAAAAGAGAACUACAGCGGAAUACUGGCUGAAUCUAAAACCAGCCGCAGGUCGCGAAUGGAUAAACAAGCUUGCUACUUUGGAUUUGGACUAUUAAAGCCUGGAGAGCGUUUCAUCGACAUUUGUCCUCUAACAAGGAAAAGUCGUAUCUGACAACUCUCAUUGCUUUUGAUUGGCUGAGAAGUAAAGUUCCCAUGGUAUCUGGCCGAUGAAAAAGAUUUCCGCCACGCCCUUUUACCGUUUAUGAAACGCCGGCCCCGGAUAAAGCUUUGAUAAUUAGUCGAAUGUGAAGUACUCGAGUAUCAAAUCACACGCAUUCCAAUCUGACGAAAGUGCAGUCGGGCAGCCCGGUCGGGCAGUGGCAUAUGGUUUUUUUUUCAAACGUCGAUUCUUUGUGAAAAAAAAAUGAUUAGCUUAUAUCUCUAGCAACUCGGUGUUCUCUCUCGAUUAUUUUUUUUCUUUAAAGGAAAAGAAGUGUCAGCCCAUUCCAUGCUUAAGAAGUGCUUUUGUAAUUGGAAACAGAGAGAAAAAUACGCAGACGUUUGAUUUCGAUCGAGUGUCCAAUCGAAAUAAAAUCGAAAUAAUCGAAUCAAUGGUAUAUUUUGAUCCUUAGUAUAGUGAACAUGGCAGAAAUUAAUAAAUGAAUAUAAUUAUUUCUUUAUUUGAUUUUAUUUUUAUAGAUGAAUAUAUGGACGUUAUGUGUGUGACUGUGUAUGUAUGUAUUUUUUUUUUUUUAUUGAAUAUAUAGGUGUUAUACACUGUAAAAUAAAUUGGGUAAAAUUUUUACCACCACGACGGUAACUAUGUAUCCAACCAAUUUUGGGCAGUAUUUUACAUAAUACGGGAAGCAUAUUGUCCAGUAAGGUUAAAAAAAUAAGCAGCAUUUACUUUAGAAUGGGCAAAAUUUUCAUCACACUGGAUGAAUGAAAAUGCCCAAAAGAAAUGCUCGAUGUUGGUUGGACCCAUAAUUACCCUCAUGGAGCACUUGUACCUAAUAUUUUUUAGGGUAUAUGUGUGGAUGUGUAUGUACAAUGUGAUUUACAUCACAAUAAACGAAAGUUUGACAGAUAAAGAUAUUUGAAGAAGUAAGCAUCUGUGUAUUAUCUUAACAACGAGUGAAGCUCAGUUUAUUUGAUAUAUUUAGCAUCCCGUGUUUUUUUUCCACUCAUUAUUCUAUAUGAUUAUUCAAUUCUAUAAUUACAUUGUAUGUUAUAAAUAAUAUUAUGUUUUGUAAUAUGCUUCACUUUGUUAUGUUAUGUUCAUGAUAUUAUGUACAACAUUGUGAAACGGAACCAAUAAAUGAAAUGAAAUUCAUCCAGCACCGAGGCAAAACUUUUUUCAUAAAAUGAUAAUUACGUUACUACAUGAACAAAUAAAUGAUAUAAAUGAAUUGUAAAUAAUGUGCUUUUCCCGGUGAUUUUAGACUAAAACCGAAAGUCCCAUUACCAUUAAAGAGCAUUUAGUGGCGGACCGUGAACUGGAGGAGACAAAGCAUUGGAGGGGCACAGCAUUGUUCACAAACAAUAAUGCUGAAAAUUUCAUCAACAUCGUAUGUACAGUACGUAAGAUAUAUAUAUAAAAAACAACACGUUAUAACAUUUUAAACUUCACUUAUUUGUCACCAAACAGUUGAAUGCCCAAUAACCUGAUAUGCAAAUGAGAGAGUCAAUUAUGUCACUAAUUAUUUCUUUAGUAUUUCAUUAUAUGAAAUAUAGAAUAUCUCCUCUUUUAAAUAAGGAGCCUCUUCAUUAAAUCACAAUAGGUUAGAAUAGUGACAUUUUGGUCAGGGGCUAUAUAGGAAUCGAACCUUAUUCUACAUAAUGGUAAGGAAACAAUGUCAGUAUUCCAUAUUUUGUUCAUAUAAUAAAAAUACAAGAGAAAUAUUGUGUGUGUUACUUCUUUGCAUACUGAUCAGGUUUGCAUAUAACUGAUUUGUGAAAUUAGGCGAAACUGCAAUGGCAUAACUUUAUGAUAUUCUACAUCCGAUUUUCAUGAAAUAUUUACUGAUUUACUUUACUGAUAAAAAAAAUCUUUAUUUAUUCUAAUUCACCUUUUGGUGGGGUGGACCUGGCCUUUAAAGGACUUUCUGAAUUCCAUACUCUGAAUGAUGUUGCAAUUCGUUUGUAUUAAAAGAACAACAACAGCAAGGGCAACAACGAAUUAAGGAAGGGAAAGGUCGACGGUUCGGGAAAUUCCCGGCCUUGAUUUGCUCGAACAAUAUAAUUUAAGCUUUUACUAAUGUAUAGUUGGAUGAACUAUUUUUUGAUCAGGGACACGGUGUUAAACCAAUACAAAAGACGAUUAUCUUCCGUACAUAAAUAUUUACUAUUUACAUGAUUUACCAGACCUUCGCACAGAAUUAACAUGAUAAAGUGUUCCGAAUAUAAGCACAAAACGUG